GCUCAUGAAUAUCAGUUGAAUGCCGGCUUUGCCAUAGUAAACACGUCGAAGAUGAGUAAACCAAGUAAAUUUUUGUUUUUGGCCUGCUUAAGCGCUGUGAUUUGUGAUUUCGCCUUCAGUGCAGAGAGAAAAUGCGCUGAAUACAAUGAAUAUUGUCAAGAGCAUUGGGAAUGUUGUUCCAACACAUGCUUAACAUACUCAUAUCGCUGUAUUGGAAAGAAACGCCCCAGCCUCACUUUCGGGGCACCCAGCAUGAGCUUUGAUGAGCUCUUAGAUAGCAUUUCUGGUGCUAACAUGAUUCCCGAUACCACAUAUAAUCGACCAGAAAUCGACAAUCGUGAUAAAUCUGGAAUAACUUUGCAACAUUUGUUAGAUGCCAAUCAAGAGUGGGGAGCACAAGCGGAGGAGCCAGUUCUGCAGAGCCGUUUUGCGGCAGUCGAUGGGAGGAGUGAAACUGCAGCCAGUUCGAGUAUACCAGAUUACAUCUUCUUUGUCUUACAACCGAAAGAAGUGAUGCGUCAGCCAAAGCAAUUGGAAGAACAAGCGCAAUCAGCAACAAAAGACUCACCAGCCGAUACAGCGCAGACUGUGAGAGUCGAUGCGGGGGAGGAGAAUGCAACCGAAAGUGAUAUUGUGCAGACGACAGAGCAACAGUGCAAAGAAAUCGGAGCGAAGUGUUAUCGCCACGAAGAAUGUUGUACCAACCGCUGUCAUGGCUUCUUGCAUCAAUGUGUUACAUAGGUUGACUCUUGUUGUGCUCUUAUGUGUUUCGAGACACUUACAUAUUAAGCUGAAAUAUCCUGUAAAAAAAAAAAAAAGAUUUAAUGUAUGCGCUUAAUAGUAGGACGUAUAAAAGAAUCGCGAAAGCUCCAAUAAAAAUUUAUAUGUAUAAGUUUGUAUAACAUAUUUACAUAAAUAAAAAAUACAAUUUUUAGAUA